CAAACAAGUAAACUGCCGCCCGAAAAUCAAAGACAUGCUCAGAAUAAUCUCCUUUGCUUGUAUUGUUGCUUAUGUCUUCGGAGAUACUAAUUCUAACCAUUAUUAUAAUGGACCUGGAUACAAUGACAUAGGAUACGGCGUGCAGACCUACAACAUGCCUUAUGGAUUCCAGAACAACUAUCAAGGCGGUUUUAAUGGCGGUGUCGUCGGAAGUUACUUUCCGCAGUACUUUGAUUAUAGUUUCAACUUUGGUGGUUCCGCUGCAGCUGGUGCUGCUGCCUCUGACGAUUUUGGCGGUUCUGCUGCAUCCUCUGCCACAGCUUCCGGUCUCGGCAGCGCAGCCGCCGGUGCUGCUGCCGCUACUGGCGCUGCUGCAUCCGCUGCCACUGCUGUAGGAUCUGGGAUGUUCGGAAACCCUUAUUACGUACCUUAUGCUUCUUAUCCAUCAUCAAUGUAUUACCCAAAUCCUUUCGUAAACAGAUUUAGAUCCGGAUAUGGACGUUUUGCAGGGGGAUUAAAUUUAAAUAGCGGAUAUUUUGGAGGAGUACCUAGAUUCCACAAAAGACAAAGAUCGGUUUACUAAACAGGAGGACAUACGAACAAAAUUUGUGAUAAAAUGUCUCAGUUGCGUAAGAAUUCAAAUAAAACAAAUGCAAAA